CGGGGCCGAACGGACAGAAAUCCAGAGACCUUAAAGGCUGAGUCAGGAGCAACUGCGUCAGAAUCCCAAGCCUCGGCUAUCUGGAAGGGCUGCGUGCGUCUGUGAAGUGCGCCUGCGCAGCUGUGGACGCCGUAGGUUUUUGAAACAUGAAUCCUUCACUCUACCUGACUGCCCUUUGCUUGGGAAUAGCCUCAGCAGCUCCAGAACUCGACCAAAGCUUAGAUUCACAGUGGUACCAGUGGAAGGCAACGCACAGGAGAUUAUAUGGCAUGAAUGAAGAAGGUUGGAGGAGAGCAGUGUGGGAGAAGAAUAUGAAAAUGAUUGAACUGCAUAAUCGGGAAUACAGCCAAGGGAAACAUGGCUUCACUAUGGCAAUGAAUUCCUUUGGUGACAUGACCAAUGAAGAAUUCAGGCAGGUGAUGAAUGGCUUUCGAAACCAGAAACACAGGAAAGGGAAAGUGUUCCAAGAACCUCUCUUUGCUGAGAUCCCCAAAUCUGUGGAUUGGACUCAGAAAGGCUAUGUAACUCCUGUGAAGAAUCAGGGUCAGUGUGGUUCUUGUUGGGCUUUUAGUGCAACUGGUGCUCUUGAAGGACAGAUGUUCCGGAAAACUGGCAAACUUGUGUCACUGAGUGAGCAGAACCUGGUGGACUGCUCUCGGUCUCAAGGCAAUCAGGGCUGCAGUGGUGGCCUGAUGGAUUUUGCCUUCCAGUAUAUUAAGGACAACGGAGGCCUGGACUCGGAGGAAUCCUAUCCGUAUCUUGCAAGGGACACAGAUAGCUGUAACUACAAGCCUGAGUGUUCUGUUGCCAAUGACACUGGCUUCGUGGACAUCCCUCAACGAGAGAGGGCCCUUAUGAAGGCAGUGGCAACUGUAGGACCCAUCUCUGUUGCUAUUGAUGCAGGCCAUCCGUCGUUCCAGUUCUAUAAAUCAGGCAUUUAUUUUGAUCCAGAUUGCAGCAGCAAAGACCAUCACGGUGUACUGGUGGUUGGCUAUGGCUUUGAAGGAACAGAUUCAAAUAACAAUAAAUUUUGGAUUGUCAAGAACAGUUGGGGUCCAGAAUGGGGCUGUAAUGGCUACGUAAAAAUGGCCAAAGACCAGAACAACCACUGUGGAAUUGCCACAGCAGCCAGCUAUCCCACUGUGAGCUGAUGGACCGGGAGAUUUAGAGGACUUGAAGACAGCGUAUCGGGGGGAAUUUUAUCUUAAAACUGACCAAACCCUUAUUGUAUAAGAUAAGACACUUGAAUCGUUGAGGAUCCAAGUUGUGAUUUGAAUUCUGUGACAUUUUUAUAAGGGUAAAACAUUACCACUACUUUAAUUACUGUUAUAAAUAGCUUUAUAAUGUUGAAGUUUCAUUACUUAAUUCUAAAACUUUUGAAUUUUCAUUUUUUUCAAAGAAUAUAUAAAACUUUACCUUUUAAAAUAAAAUUUAAUUCAGUAUGUA